GAAAUGGUGUUAAAAGAAAGCUUGUGACCAGAUUUUCACUGUUCCCCUUGUGAUUUCAUUUCUUUUAAAACCCUCAUAUUUUCCCUCUUUUUUCAUUACACCAUGAGAAAAUUUCAUCCCUUCUUCUCUACUUUUCUGGUUUUCAUCCUCUUCUUCUUGUUUCAUCCUCUUCUUCUUCUAGUUCUUGUUGAUUCAUACGAUGGGCCUUUAUACGAUUACACAGCUCACACUGAGUGUGAAUUAAGUCCAGAAAAACCACUCUACAAUGGAGGAAUCCUCAAAAAUCAAGCUUUAAGUAUUGAAACCAUUGAAGGCUCUUCAAAUGCUGCUUAUUCACCUGCAUUUCUCUUGCACAAUCUCACAGCCAAAACCUAUUAUUCCUUUUCAAGUUGGGUGAAAGUUGGAGGAGCAGUUUCAACUGUUGUAAGGGCAAGCCUUAGGAUUGAGAAUGAUACUUACAAUUGUAUAGGGACUGUUUUGGCAAAGCAUGGUUGUUGGUCUUUUCUCAAAGGUGGAUUCUUUCUGAACUUGCCUUCAAAUUUCUCUAUUCUAUUCUUUCAGAUUUUUGAUGAGGGAGAUGCCAAUAUAGCAAUAGAUAGUGCUUCUUUACAGCCGUUUACAGAAGAAGAGUGGAGAGUAAAUCAACAACUCACAAUCAAUACUGUGAGGAAACGAGCUGUCACAGUUCAUGUUUCUGAUAAACAAGGAGGGAGGUUGGAAGGAGCAGUCAUUAAUGUAAAACAAAUCUCUAAAGACUUCCCAUUUGGAUCCGCAAUUGCAAAAACCAUCCUAGGGAACUUACCUUAUCAAGAUUGGUUUGUGAAGAGAUUCAAUGCAGCUGUUUUUGAAAAUGAACUAAAAUGGUAUGCCACAGAGCCAGAACCAGGGGCUCUUAACUACACAACAGCUGAUAAAAUGUUGGAAUUCGUUCGAGCAAAUCAGAUAACUGCUAGAGGCCACAACAUAUUCUGGGAGGAUCCAAAGUACACACCGCCGUGGGUUCGAAACCUGACUGGGGCAGGGCUGAAAUCGGCAGUCGAUUCUCGGAUAAAGGGGCUGUUAAGUAGAUACAAAGAUGAGUUCAUACACUGGGAUGUGAGCAAUGAAAUGCUGCAUUUUGAUUUCUAUGAGAAAAGCCUUGGUGCUAAUGCAACUUUGCAUUUCUAUAAGACAGCACAUGAGAUUGAUCCAUUGGCUACAUUGUUUAUGAAUGAAUUCAAUGUGGUGGAGACUUGCAUUGAUGUGAAAUCUACUGUUGACAGUUAUAUUGAUAGGCUUAAAGAACUUAAAAGAAAUGGAGUUUCAAUGGAUGGGAUUGGUUUGGAAGGUCAUUUCACCAUCCCAAACCCACCUCUAAUGAGAGCCAUCUUAGACAAAUUGGCCACUCUCAAACUUCCAGUUUGGCUCACAGAAGUUGAUAUCAGCAAUACUUUGGAUCAUGAAACACAGGCUUCUUAUUUGGAGGCUGUGCUGAAGGAAGGUUUCUCCCACCCUGCCGUCGGUGGGAUUAUGCUGUGGACGGCGCUGCAUCCGAAUGGCUGCUACCAAAUGUGCUUGACGGACACCAACUUUCAGAACCUCCCGACUGGGGACGUCGUUGACAAGCUCUUGAAAGAAUGGCGAACCGAAGAUAUCGAAGCUCGAACGGAUGACCAUGGUUCUUUUAGCUUUUAUGGCUUUUUGGGUGAAUAUGAAGUAAGCGUCAUGUAUGAAAACAGAACUGCUACUUCAACUUUCCCUGUCUCAGUUGGUGAUGAAACUAAACACUUCAGCAUUCAGUUGUAGAACUGUUGCAAUUUGAAGUUGAAUAGUAAAGGAUUACUGUUUUUACAGAAAA